UGCAAACACAAAAGUUAUGAUUUAGUGUAUAAUCAAUCAUAUACACUUUAGUUUACUCCUAUAUAAAUCCUUGUUUUGAGAACCAAAACAAAAGAACCCACCACAUAAACAAACUGCCUUUUUUCUUCUCAUUUCUCCUUCACCUCCCACCUCCUGUAAAAAGGUAUUAGUCUCAUCUUUUGCAGUUCAAUUAUUUCUGGGAUUACUGUCCAUCAAAUUCCUCCCAGAAACAGAAAUAAUUUUGACAGAAAGUUUGCAUUUUUUGACGUAUUUUUAAUUACACCAUGGUUUUAUUAUCAAAGAAGGAUCAAAAACUUCCCAUCAUUGAUGAUCAUGAUAAUCAGAAAUCAAUGGGAAUGUUUGCUGCCAUUUCUUACAUGUUAUGUGCAGUUUUGCUGAUUAUGUUUAACAAAGCAGCUGUUUCUUCUUACAAGUUCCCAUAUGUCAAUGUCAUCACACUUCUUCAGUUAAUAUGCUCGUGCUUUUUUCUCUAUGUAAUGAGACAUCGGAAGAUUAUUUCGUUCACAAAUGACGGAUCCCUUAGAACCACAGACAACCCAAUCACGCUUGUGCCCUUGAAGAAGCUUGUUCAGACACUUCCCCUUGCAGUAUCAUACUUGUUAUUUAUGCUAGUAUCGAUGGAAUCUGUACGUGGUAUAAGUGUUCCCAUGUACACAACUUUAAGGCGUACAACUGUGGCUUGUACUAUGGUGGUUGAGUAUCUUGUAGCAGGUGAAAAAUAUUCUCUUCAUGUUGUUGCCAGUGUGGCUAUCAUCAUACUUGGUGCAUUUGUAGCGGGAGCUCGAGAUCUAUCAUUCGACUUCUAUAGCUAUGGUGUUGUGCUCGUAUCAAAUCUCUGCACUGCGAUAUAUCUGACCUCCAUAGCUCGUCUUGGACAAUCUAGUGGUCUAAAUACAUUUGGCCUUAUGUGGUGCAAUGGAAUAAUUUGUGGGCCGAUUUUGCUUCUAUGGACAUACAUCCAGGGCGAUCUUCAGAUGCUUAUUAGCUUUCCUUACUUGUCAUCCCCCGGAUUUCAGGCCGUCAUGUUGCUUUCCUGUGUGAUGGCAUUUUUUUUGAAUUACACUGUCUUCUGGAAUACAGCCCUUAAUUCUGCUCUGACUCAGACUAUUUGCGGCAAUUUAAAGGAUGUUUUCACUAUUGGAAUAGGAUGGCUUCUGUUUGGUGGCCUUCCUUUUGAUUUGUUCAAUAUACUAGGUCAAGGCCUUGGAUUCAUCGGCUCAUGUAUGUAUGCAUAUUGCAAACUCAAAGGGAAAUAACGGUUUUAAGGUCGUAAAUUGUAACUUAUAGUCGUUACUAUAACUUUUGUCUUUAUGAAACUACAUUAAUACUAUGAUACGAAAUCAAUCACUUGAUUUUAGCAUAGGGUAGUUGUAAGUUGAAGUAUAAGUAUGAGUAAUAUUUUAUAUUUUCCAAA